UCUCGCAAAAAGUUUUCUGCGUAGCAAAAUAGAAAAUUAAACUGUUUAAUUGUGAAUAAAAAUUUGCAUUCAGCUUUCGUUUUCUUCCAAGUUUUGGCAGGUAAAAGGGUUAAAAUUCUGAUAUUGUGGAUUGUUCAUUGUUUGUUCCCACGGGAGAAGAUUCUGUUCGUUCGUGAUUCCUGACUUCCUUCGUGCUGGGACUGAAUCUAGAACGAACCGAAAGCUCACGGUUCUCGGUGUCUGAGCUUCUUUCACUGGAACUAUAAUGUAUUAUCAGGAUAAUUACGAGCAACGCGGCGGGGGUCGUCGCGGGCAGCAGUCCUUCGCCAGUGUGGCGGGCGGCAACCAGGGACGUUAUCGAGACCGCAACCGGGACCAGGGUGAGGGUCGCUACAACCAGUACAACGAUGAUCACUACGGUGGCGAUGGAGGCGGCGGUCGAGGCGGCGGCGGCGGGCGUCGGCAGUAUCGCGAUAAUCAUCAGCAACACUGGGAGCGUGAACGCGAACCGCUGGAAAUCAAUGAAGAUUCGGACAUUCCGGACGAAGUACACCGCUUCUUGCAUGACUUAAAGGAAGCGGUUCGUAACCGAGAAACUUCCAAACUGCAGCAUCUCUACGAAGCCGAUUUUCGUGGACUAAGCGAGAUAUAUUACCAGACUCGCGCUUGGCCGCACCCGAAAGUCAUCGAAAGCAUUAUUGGCGAUUUGCCUGAGCGGAUAUUUAUUCUUCUCUACAAGGAACUGUAUUUCCGCCACAUUUAUGAAAGCUCGCGUGAAGGUCCAUCGAUUGAUCAGCGUUUCGAUUCUUACAGCAACUACUGGCAGAUUUUUGAUUUGAUCUUGAAUCGAGACGUGCCGCUUGAUGUUGGUCUGCCAAACGAAUGGGUGUGGGAUAUGAUCGAUGAAUUUAUGUACCAGUUUACGCAUUUCUCCACGUACCGAGCUAAAGCAGAUCGGAUAGGAGAAGAGGAACUCUUGAUGCUGAAAGACAAUCCCAUGAUUUGGAAUGUCAACAUUGUCAUGAAUAUUUGGCUAAAGCUGGUUGAGAAAAGUCGUAUACAAGAGCAGCUGGAAAUUUACAACGCUGGCGGGGACCCCACUUCCAAAUUUGAGAGCGGAAGUUUUGCCGAUCAUCCCAUGUAUAAAAUGCUCGGCUAUUACAGCUUGAUCAGCCUUAUGCGACUUCACUGUCUACUGGGCGAUUAUUAUUCGGCUUUGAAAGUUUUGGAAAACGUGGAACUUGGCAAAAAGCAUUUACUGCAAGCAUCUGGAUUGCAAGCUUGCUUGGUGGCCACCUACUAUCAUGUUGGAGUUUGUUACAUGAUGAUGCGACGCUAUCAGGAUGCCAUUCGCACAUUCUGCGACCUGCUCUUACAUCAGCAGCGUGCUACUACUCCCAUGAUGAACCGUGGAGCUGGCGGCGGCAGCUUGGGUUUGCCGUCCCAGUUUGCUGGUGGUCGGACUUAUCAAGUGGACACUUUGGGCAAAACGGUGGAUAAGAUGUACAAUUGCCUCGCGGUGUGCUUAGUCCUCCAUCCCAUGCAUAUUGACGAGUCGAUCAGCUCGUCUCUGCGCGACAAACUGGGAGACCGUUUAAAUAAAGUGCAGAAAGGAGCGGAUGAAGAUGAAUUUGAGAAGUUAUUAACUGCGGGUCUGCCAAAAUUUAUUACACCGGUUACUAAUUAUGACGAUAUCCAGCCGAACAGUCUGAAGGACUUCCAGAUGUAUCAGCUCAGCAUCCUGAAAAAGGAGUUCAGUGCGCAGACCAUGGUUGGCACUAUCCAGAGCUAUUUGAAGCUGUACACAUCGAUGCCGGUAACUAAACUAGCGCGAUUUGUGGAUUUAAAAGAGGAUGACCUGCUCCAGCACUUGUAUACGUACAAGCAUAAAAUGACGAACAUUGUGCACAAUCACGGCUCGCCUCUAAAUGGAGAACUGAAAUGUCGGCCCGAAUUGGAUUUUUACAUUGACAAAGAUAUGAUUUACAUUGCCGAUACGAAAGUGGCGCCACGCUACGGAGACUUCUUUGUACGGAAUAUCCAGAAAUUUGAAGAGCUCACGGAAACUCUAAAAAUGAUUAAAGUCGGCUCCAAAGAGGGAUGAUCUACUAGCGCGACUGGAAAUUCUUGUUUUUGACAUCAUUAUGCUUUGCUGAUGUUCUGUACUUCAUUGCUUAUUCACUUUUAUAACGAUUUGUAACUCGUGCAGAACUGAAUUUCGUUAGUUUUUAUUUAUGUGUAUUGCAGCGACAGAAAAAUAACAAGCCAAUCAAAGUCAUCUUUUGGAUUGGAUUUUCUUGAGCCAGCAUCGGAAGUGCAGACAAUUAAAAGUUGCAUGUUCAUCUG